AUGGAAAAACAGCCAGAACAUGUCAUCGAGAAGGUUGAGCAGGGCUCGGAAGGAAGAUGCCCACAGAUUGACAAGAAGAAAGAAAGCGCCCUUAUGCGCAAGAUUGACCUACAUCUGAUGGUCUCCCUUUGGAUUGUUUUUGUUUUUGGCUUCCUGGAUCGUAUCAACCUUGGAAAUGUCAGUGUCCUGGGAAUUCUCCAAGAGCUCAACAUGACUGGGACGGAUAUGAGUAUUGUGAUGCAGAUCUUCUUCGUGCCAUAUAUCUUAGCAGACAUUCCAAGCAACAUCAUUCUCAAGCGAUUCUCGCCAUCGACGUGGAUCAGCGUGUUAACGUUCUACUAG